CAUACUCGAUAACAAAAUAAAAUAAAGUAAAAUUAUACUUGUUUUGUUUCAUAGUUAAUGAUGUUUUGUUUUUGUGCAUAUAUAUUAAAAUUUUAAUUUUCUAAAAGAUAUCAUUAAAAAUAUAAUUUAAACUUUAUUUAUUUAAUUAUAACUAAGACGAUAAAAAUAUAAAUGAUUACAUCAAUUUUAUAAAAUUACAUUGAUAUGUAAAAACAUUUUAUAUUGUGAGAUAAUAAAGUUACUCUAUUCAAAAUGAUAAAAUAUAUAAUUUAUAUUAGAAAAUUGAAAGGUAAAUUUUAUAUAAAAUCAAAAUUUAAUAUUAUCUAUAAUUUAUAUAAAUAUAUAUAUAUAUAGUACUGUAUUUAAAAAAAAAUGAAUUCAUUUCUAGUGAUUACUUUUAUUUUUAAAAUAUUAGUAUUAUAUGACUUUGCGAAUUAUUUAAAAUGAAAUUAACCAUGAACCUGUGGUUUUGGUGGUUGACAUUAUGCAUGGGUUAAGGACAUGAGUAUUGGUAGUUUUUUUUGACUGAAUCUGUCUUAUUAAAAAAUAAUACAAAAAAUAAAAAAUAAAAAGAAAAUAAAAAGAAAAUUUGGGAGAAGAGAAAAGAGAAAUGUUUUCUUUUGAAAGAUUCAAGUUAGUUUUUAAACAUUUGUCACUUAUUUAGUUGUCUGUAUUUAUAUUUUUUUGUGGAUAAAAUCGGUCUGACUGUAACUCGUUGAAGAAGCCGAAUCCGGUCCAAUUUAAAACCCGGAUUUGAGAAAAACCGGUAAAACUGGCUAAAACUGGUAAAACCAAUGAUCCGGGUCAAAUUCAAAAUCCUUUUCCAAAAAGUCAACAUAUAAGAAAUGUGUUUUCAAUUAUUAUUAAAAUUUAAUAUUUCAUUUGACUAUCACUAUUUAAUUAGUUUUCUAUUUAAUUCUAUUUUCUUAAGAAAGAAUGUAAACAAUAAUCUCUUUUUGGCUUUCAUAUACUAUUUUCAUUUUUUCCAUAUUAAUAAAGUUUGAGACUUUAGUUGUAAGAAUAAAUAAAUAUGGUAAAAUGAAAGAUUAAUCAUUUGUUUUUUUUAUCAAUUUUAAUUUACAUAGUAUUCACUUAUUUACUGUAUAUUCCUACAUUUAUGAUUAUUUUUUAUUUUUAUAGUUAAUAAAAAAAUAAUAAAGAACAUAUCAUAUGUAGAAAUAUUUUUUUAGAUUUGUAUAGUUUAUAUAUAUGACUAUAUAUAUAUAUAUUAAAUUUUUAUAAAAUAAAAAAUCUGGUUCGACCGAUGGAACCGGUCCAACCAAUCAACCAGUAGUUAUACCGAGUCAGUAUCAGGUUCUGUUUUUAAAACAUUGUCUAAAUCUAUUAAGAAUGAGAGAUGCAUAGUUCAUUGUUGCAUUGGACAACGUGAGACUGUUUGUCAUUCUGCUGGAUUAGUCUUUUGUUCUCUGUUGUUAGGUACCGUGUUGAAAGAUAAUUCUUCUAGAUGGAUAAGCUAUAUUAUUUUUGACUGAAGGUGGAUAGGCGGCUAUAUGGAUGGAAGACAUGCAAGAAUGCUCCUAUCGUGAGGUAAUGAAGCCGCAAACUAAAAUAAAUUAUAAAUGAAUUUAACAUGAGGCUCGCUGAGCUAGAACAUGUCCAUUGGCAUGGCAAUAUCUAGAGAGGGAUUCUCAUAACAAAAAUAAUAGAAGAUGAAGUAAGAGAAUGAACAGAAAUUCUCAGAUGAAUUAAAAAAAAUUCAUGAGAACCUCCAACACUACUUGUCCUUUGUUUUAUUGUUUUUUUCUUUUCAAAUUAAAUAGUCAGGUGGUUUUGGUUUAAUGGUAAAAGAGUUAUAGCUGGAACUUUCGUCUUGGGUUCGAUUUCUUUUGACUAUCCGUAAACGGCUUAAGUGGCAAGAAAAUCCGAAGUUCUAUGGACCUCGUGGUGAUUAUUCCUUAGACCUAUAAAGUCUUUGGAAUCAUAUUACGGUAAUAAAAAAAAUAAAAAAAAUAAUUGUCUAACAAGUUAUCUUAAAAUAAAGAUUUCUUUUUGUUUGAGAUACUCGAUGGACCUUUUUUUUUUGCAACCUACUCAAUGGGAUUCUUAGCAAUGAGGUUACUCUAUACGUCUAAAGUUUCUUAUGCAUGGCUUGAUCUAUCACUUUGUGUAUGUAUUAUUCAAAAUUCGAAUUAUGGUGUUUCGUUGGUAUUACAGAUUAUAAUCCAUUUCAAGGAGCAAGGUCUUAGCACUGAGCUUUACUUCAAGAAUAAAGAAAUGGGAGAAACUUUCAGUACUAUUCCUACUGAGCUAUUACGUAUGAAUUUCUGUUUAUUGUUUUCAAUUUCCAGACAACAGACAUCCAUCCUAAACAGUUGGUUAACUUUGGUUCUUGGUAUCAAAGAGGAGAAAAAGAAGGAAUCAGCCGAUGAAGCCGUCUUUCCAUGUGUCCUGUUAUUUUACUUGUUUUCAUAAUUACGUUUUUAUGAUAUUUGCUUUUAUUUAUUUUUCAUAUGUUUUAUCAUUUAACGUAGAUAUUACUUUAUUCUGUAGUUCAAGAGUAAUCAAUUUUUCAGAAUUUGCAAAAUUUUGUCAUUUCUAUUUUUAAAGUAUUUUCUUUGCUAUAACAUUAGCAACUAGGUACGCUGAUUAAAUAAAAAUCAAUGGAACCAUACUUUAAGUGGUUUAUUGAAUAAAAUGUAGAGUAUAAGAUUUAAACUUUUUAUGUUUAUAAAAACAUCUUAACCUUUUCAUUUUCAAAAAAAAAACAAAAAAAAAAUAUCUUAAACUUUUACUUGUUUAGAAUCUUCAGGCAUAAGCAUGUGCUCGGAAUUUUUAGCUUGUUCAGAAAAUCUUAACUAUUUUGAAUUGCCACUCUAACUCAGUAAGUGGCCAGCACGACAAUAUACAAUGAACAAUUCAAAAAUUAUCAGCACGAAAGGUCCCACAGAUAUAUAGGUACUUGGUUCGAGAUCUUAAACUAAAAUUUAGUUGGAUGACAAAAAAAAAAACUAAAAUUUAGUUAAUCCAAACAUUUAAGUGAAUAUAAAUUAUAAUAAAGUGAGUAUAUGAAUUGAUUGAACAUUACAAGAAUAAUAUACAGAAUGAAAUUGUUUUAUUUAGAGCCUGUAUGCCCUCUACUGCUCUACAUAUAACUGAAUAUAAUAUUUCGCCAAUAUACAUAUUUUAGAGCAAUUUUAUUGGUAGUCUCUAACAAAGUUUCUAGACAUUAAAAAGUAAAAAAAAAAGUAGAGAGAGAAUGAAAAAAUUGUAGAAAGAAAAGGAAUGAAUUUGUCGAGGGAUUUACUGUAGUGAAAAGCUAUAUUGACACUUGCUUCCAACGAGCUAUUACUUUGAUUUUAACAUUGUUUGAUUAACUAUGGUUUUGAAUGGUGACGGACCGCACAAUAACACAAAUCUCUACAUAUAUAUUUAUAUGUUUUUGUUACUAUUCAAAGCGCACCGCAACUAUUCCAUGGGUGUACUCCUGCACCUACGUUACCAUUCAGAGACAUAUGAAUUAACGUGUCCAAAUCCCUGUCAUGAUCUUGAUCUUGUUGAGGGAUCAUUUGCAUCGUUAGAGUGAGAAACCAUAUUGACACUAGUGGUGCACAGGUACGUUGACAGUAUAUUUGGAUCCAUUCUCCACCUACCAUUCUCCAUAGUCUUUUUUUAAUUCCUCACAUUUUCUUUUACUAAUUUCCAUUUUUUUUUUAUAAAACCAAUUCCACCUAACUUUUUUUAUUAAUUAUGCCCACAUGAUGUGUUAUGAACCUUUUUCCAACCAAUUUAAUAAGAAAUUCUCCAGUUCCAACAAAAUGAUGUUAGGUCAUGUCCAUUAUUAAAAUGAAAAAGUAUCUAAAAAUUAUAUGAUAUAAAAUAAUAAAAUUGGGUAUAUAAAGUAUGUAUCUAAAAAUCUAUACACUUUCUAGUUUUAAAAUACUCAUUUUAUAUUUUAUAGUUAUUUAGUAUUAUAUAAAUUUUAAGAUAUCCACCCUCAUUCUUGCGUGUUAAAAAAGUUCGAGUACAAGUUCAGAAAAAAAAAAAAAAGUUCGAGUACAAGUUGAAUGCCAAAAUGUUCAGUUAUACACCCUAAUGUUUUUGCGUGUUUCACGUGGCUGAUUGUUUUAAAGGAAUAUAUUUUGAAAACAUCUACUCCCUCCGUUUCGUUAUGUAAGUAGUUUUGCUUAAAAGCACGGUUAUUAAGAAACUUCAACUUUUUCUAAAACAACAAUAAAAACGUUUUUGUAUUUAUUGCACACAUUCAUUUUAUCUGCAACAUUUAAUUAGAAAGAGAUUAUUGUUAGUAAUAAAAUUAAUAAAAAAUAAUAUCAACAAUCACACGUUUGAGUUUUCUAAAAACUUUUUUACAACAUUUUGAAGCCAAAUUUUUGUAUAACUAAUUUAAACUAAAAAAUCAAAAUUUUAUGAUGGAGCCAAAGUAAAACUUUUGAACAGUUUGUAAUAUGCUUAUUUAAGCUUCAAUUUCUUUGUCGGGAUGAAGCUCUCCAAUAUCAUAAUGCAUCUUGUUCAAGUCAAAUGGCCGAGUGAACAUCUGGAGGUUUGAUUGUGUUUUGUUGAUUUUUUUAACAUUUUCUGUUUUGUAUUCUUUUUAACUUUUUUCUUCAUUUUAAUCCAUAGUUUUAUGAAGAAAAAAUAGAUCGAAGAAAGUAAAUCAAAAAGAAAAACUAAUGGAGUAAGACAACGUUUACGGUGGUAUUUAUAGUGAAUUUAGAAAUAGAUUUUUUGGUAACUAGUAGUAAAUGUUAGUUGACUGACAUUGUAAGUUGUGUUUAAAAAAUUGAAAACUAACGACAAGGCCUUUAAGUUUUUUAGUGGAAUAUUGUAUAUUUAUUGUUUUGGGUUCCGAGAACAACUUAUAUUAUGAAACAAAUAUUUUUUGGCAAAACUGCUUACAUAACGAAACGGAGGGAGUAGUAGAUAGCGUCACAGUGCUAGGCGCUUCAGAUGGAACUCCCUCAAAAAUCACGUGAUCGCCGACACAAUUAUUAUUAUUAUUAUUAUUGCUUAUACUUACCAAUUCGACGCCUACAAAAGGAACCACAAAAAUAGAAGAAAAAAGACAUAUGCAAUAAAAAGAUCUUCGUCUUCUCUUUCUUUUGAUCUAAACACAUUGCUUUGACGUAGAAGAAAGCAACAAAAAAUGGGAUACGUUUCAGACCCUAAAUCCAUGAAUGAGAUUAAUGGAGAUGAUGAGACCGAGCUUGGUUUGAGGGCGGUGAGGCUAGCCAAUUACAUAACCUUCCCAAUGGUUUUCAAAGCCGCCAUCGAACUUGGUGUCAUCGAUACUCUCUACGCAGCUGCUCGUGCUGAUGUCAAUGGAUCCAGUUCAUUCCUCAAACCGUCUGAGAUAGCUACUCGGCUUCCUACAACGCCUAGUAAUCCUGAAGCACCUGCUUUGUUGGACCGUAUGCUUCGUUUACUCGCUAGUUACUCAAUGGUCAAAUGCCAAAUCCUAGAUGGUGAGAGGGUUUACAAAGCUGAACCCAUUUGUAAGUAUUUCUUGAGAUACAAUAUUGAAGAAAUGGGAACACUUGCUUCUCAAUUCAUUCUUGAACUCGACAGUGUCUUCCUGAAUACAUGGGCACAACUGAAAGAUGUGGUGCUAGAAGGAGGAGAUGCAUUUGCUCGUGCCAACGGUGGGUUGAAGCUCUUUGAUUACAUGGGCACAGAUGAGAGACUAAGCAAACUCUUUAACAGGACUGGAUUCAGCGUUGGGGUUUUACAGAAAUUUCUAGAAGUGUACAAAGGCUUCGAAGGAGUUAAUGUGUUGGUUGAUGUAGGAGGAGGAGUUGGAAACACACUAGGUUUUGUUACUUCAAAGUAUCCAAACAUUAAGGGUAUCAACUUUGAUCUAACUUGUGCUUUGACACAAGCACCUUCUUAUCCUAAUGUGGAGCAUGUGGCUGGAGAUAUGUUUGUAGAUGAUGCUAUCAUCCUGAAACGUAUGCUUCAUGAUUGGAGUGAUGAAGACUGUGCAAAGAUUCUCAAGAAUUGCUGGAAAGCGUUACCGGAGAAUGGGAAAGUGAUUAUCAUGGAACUAGUUAUUCCAGAUGAGGCAGAGAGUGCGGAUGUGCAGUCCAACAUUGCAUUUGACAUGGAUUUGUUGAUGCUCACCCAAUGCUCUGGAGGAAAAGAGAGAUCACGAGCUGAGUAUGAAGCUAUGGCUGCAAACUCGGGUUUCGCCAGUUGCCAGUUUGUAUGCCAAGCUUAUCAUUUGUGGGUCAUUGAGUUCUCUAAAUAGACUUCAAAGUUGUAAGCUCCUCUUGUGUUCAAAGAGGCUGAAUUGUCUCUGGUAAUAAAAGUUGUAUGGAUCUUGAGUUCACGUUGUAAUUCAAAACUCGAAUAAAUUAAAUAUAAUACGCUUCUCUUUUUCUC